UUUUUGGGGUCUGGGACUCUUGAUGUUGAUGGACCUUUAAUGGUGGCUAGAAAUGAAGCUCUGGGCUGGAUGUUUAAUGUCAUUGGACACUACGGAUUCAACACUUUAACUGCUGUCUUGGCUGUGAAUUACUUCGAUAGGCUCAUAUGUGGUGUUUCCUUCCAGAAGGAUAAGCCAUGGAUGAGUCAGCUUACGGCUGUGGCUUGUCUUUCUAUAGCUGCAAAAGUAGAGGAGAUUGAUGUGCCUCUUUUAUUAGACUUCCAAGUUACAGAUUCGAAGUAUAUGUUUGAUGCGAAGACUAUUCAGAGAAUGGAACUUCUGGUGCUCUCUACUCUUAAUUGGAGGAUGAAUCUGUCACACCCAUCUCUUUCUUUGACCAUAUCAUUAGGAGAUUUGGAUUUAAAGACAACCUGCAUUGUGAAUUUCUUAGGUGUUGUGAAGGUAUCAUUCUCUCUAUAAUUACUGAUUCUAGGCUAUUGCAUUAUCUUCCAUCUGUUAUUGCUACUGCAACAAUGUCAAUUGCAUUUGAAGAGAUUGAAGUUAACAAUGCUGCUGAAUACCAUAAUGAACUCAUUACUAUACUGAAAAUCAACAAGGAGGUGGUGGAUGAAUGCUACAAUGUUAUUCUUGAGGU